GCCACCCCAUCGCCUCUCUCCUCUCUCUGACGGGACACCAGACUCUCCAGCAUCAACAUCAUCCAGUUCUCUUUAACUUCACAUCAAGAGCAGACGAGCAGCAGCCAACAUGACCAUCAACACACUCAGUCAGGAUGGAGUGCAGCGACAGCAAAUGCCCUGUUUGACCAAGAUGGAGCGCAUGAUCAUAUCCAUGCAGGACCCUGAUAUGGGCAUCAAGUUGCGCAACCAGCGUCUCCUUAUUACGGUCAUUCCACACGCCAUGACUGGUGCAGACAUUGUUGAAUGGCUGAUUAAGAAGUUUUCUAUCUCUGAUGAAGAGGCAUUGCACAUUGGACACCUUUUUGUGAAGUAUGGAUACAUUUACCCUUUAAAAGAGCCCAGAAACCUUAUUCUGAAAGCUGAUGAUUCACCAUAUCGCUUUCAGACUCCGUACUACUGGAUGUCGACACGCUGGCCUGCCUCAGAAUUGGACUUUGCAAUCUACUUGGCCAAGAAGAAUAUCCGAAAACAAGGAGAACUAAUUGAGUAUGAGAAGGAGUGCUAUAAUGCUUUACAUAAACGCAUCAACCACACCUGGGACUUUGUUGUGAUGCAGGCAAGAGAGCAGCUCAGGGCAUCAAAACAGCGUCGGAAAGCAGAUCGUAUAGUGCUGGAGUGUCAGGAACAAGCCUUCUGGCUAGUUAACAAACCGCCUCUGGGGAUGCUGGAUAUUGUAGAUUACGGACCGGAGAGAAGAACCAUGAACACACGAGUGCAACUGAACGCAGAAUUCUACAAAAAAGAGAUUGAACAUAACAGGAUAAGCCUGGGGAGGAAUCGUGUCAAGUCCUCAAUUUGCCUUGAGAGUUAUGUGAAGUACUGUGAGCAGUACCAGCCCCAUGACCCCAUAAUGCAAGGCUGCCUUCCCAGCAACCCCUGGAUCACAGAUGAUGUCAUGUUUUGGAGCAUGAACUCUGAAACAGUCACUGUGCCGACUAAACUGCGUGUGGAGCGCUGGAGCUUCAGCUUCAUGGAGCUGCUGAAUGACCCAAUGGGCAGAAAAGAGCUCCUCAUUUAUUUGGAGAAAGAAUUCAGCGCGGAGAACUUGUGUUUCUGGCAGGCCUGUGAGGACGUUCGUCAUGGAGAGACCUCAAAAAUUCCAGAGAAAGUGAACGAGGUUUACAAGCAGUUUCUGGCUCCUGGUGCAAGUCGCUGGGUGAAUAUCGACAGCAAGACCAUGGAAAAAACCCUGGAAGGACUUAGGCGCCCUCAUCGUUUUGUCUUGGAUGAUGCUCAAAUGCACAUUUACUUCCUUAUGAAAAAGGAUUCGUACCCCCGUUAUCUUAAAUCGGAACUCUACAAGAACUUAUUAGCCAGAGCCAUUGUACCACAGGAAACCAAGAAAAGUGUGUUCCCGUUCAUGCGCCGCCAGCGUCACUCCAGCCCCUCGCCUGCUCUCGCCACACAAACCCCAGAGGAUGAUGGGAAGAAUUCUAACUCUUCCAAAAGCAAUUCCGGAACUGCAUCCCGGCUUUAAACAUGCACACAACAUUUAUUGCUAUGUGUGUGUGUGCUACCUGAUGUUACCUGACACAGUUGUAAAUGGCAUCUGAAUCAUCUCCGGUUGUGCUCUACAAAACAGAUGUUAGCUAAACAGUAGCAAUAGCUAAAGGUUAUUAUUUAAAAAGAAUGCUUGAUUCACAUUUCUCUAUCACAGAACUACAACUUUUCAUGCAUUUCAAAGAUACAAUUUAUGAUGUAGCAAUAAUGUCAUCAGACAUAUUCUCACAAACUUUCAGCUCAUGUUCUCAUGUUUUAAGUGGAACUUGCCUUUUUCACACAUUUGUCAUGUUUUUAAUGUAUUUAUUUGAUAUAAAGAUUUUCCUUUCAGCUAUAAA